GGGCCGAGGCCGCGGCAGGGGCAGAGUCGGCCGAGGGACCCCCGGUGCCGGCAGCAGCGCUGGAGCUAUGGCUCAAUCACCUGCUGCCUGCUGUCGUUAACGUCAAAACAAGCCCUUUAUACCUUUUGAGCGUGUUUACUCUGGCUGGACUUAUGUGUAUGGUGUCUCUCUGGCUGUGUCCCCAUGCCUUCAACGCUUAGAGUCCUCAGAUUUCAUCCAAAUACCAGUGUUCCAGUGCAGGAGACCCUAGCAUGAUUGGACCUGGGAAUGUAUAAAGCCACAGACCCAAGCAUGUCGGAGCAGGAUUGGUCAGCUAUCCAGAAUUUCUGUGACCAGGUGAACACUGAUCCCAACGGCCCCACCCACGCACCCUGGCUCCUGGCCCACAAGAUCCAGUCUCCACAAGAGAAGGAAGCUCUUUAUGCCCUAACGGUGCUGGAGAUGUGUGUGAACCACUGUGGGGAGAAGUUCCACAACGAGGUGGCCAAAUUCCGCUUCCUCAAUGAACUGAUCAAAGUGUUGUCCCCGAAGUACCUAGGAUCCUGGACCACCGAAAAAGUUAAAGGAAGAGUCAUUGAAAUACUCUUUAGCUGGACAGUCUGGUUUCCAGAGGAUGUCAAGAUCCGAGAUGCUUACCAGAUGCUGAAGAAACAAGGGAUUGUAAAGCAAGACCCUAAACUACCAGUGGAUAAAAUUUUGCCUCCACCUUCUCCCUGGCCCAAGAGCUCCAUCUUUGAUGCUGAUGAAGAAAAGUCCAAGCUUCUGACGAGGCUUCUGAAGAGCAAUCACCCUGAGGAUCUUCAGGCUGCCAACAGGCUGAUCAAGAAUUUGGUCAAGGAGGAACAAGAGAAAUCAGAGAAGGUGUCCAAGAGAGUCAGUGCUGUGGAGGAGGUCCGGAGUCACGUGAAGGUGCUGCAGGAAAUGCUGAGCAUGUACCGCAGGCCGGGCCAGGCCCCACCAGACCAGGAGGCCUUGCAGGUUGUGUACGAACGGUGUGAAAAGUUGCGGCCCACCCUGUUCCGGCUGGCGAGUGACACCACGGAUGACGACGAGGCACUUGCGGAGAUUCUCCAGGCAAAUGACCUCCUCACCCAAGGAGUUCUGCUGUACAAACAGGUGAUGGAGGGCCGUGUCAUCUUUGGGAACACAGUGACUGGCUCGGUGGGAGACCUACCUGUCUCCAGAGUAGUCUCUCAGCAUCCAGCGGGCUGCAUGAAGAGCUGCCCUCUGAUCGACUUGGAGGAGGACGGCGGAUCUGAGCAGGCUGGCACCGUGGCACCAUCUUUGCUUCACCAGGACCUGGCAGCCUUAGUUCCCCGCGGUCUGGAAGCAGAUGACCUCCCCCUGAUACACAGUCGGGAGGUCAGUAGUAGCCUAGCGCUAUACCACAUGCCUGCCCGUUCACCUCACUUCAUCUCAUCACGUAGGGAUUUUAUCCUCUCCCAUCACAAGAAGACGAAGGGACUCAGCGAUGCUCCAGCUGCCGACAAGGUUGCCGGUCAGAAUUGCUGUGAGGAAAAGAGGAAUCCCCCUGCCAGCACCCUGCCAGGUGGUGGUGUUCAGAGCCCUUCUGCAGAAAGGAACUUGCUGGAUCUCCUCUCCCCACAGCCAUGUCCAGGGCCUCUGAAUUCUGUUCCACAGAAGAGUAUCCCUAAGGAAGUGCCCCCCGGCACCAAGUCCUCCCCAGGCUGGUCCUGGGAAGCUGGCCCGUUGUCGUCUUCCCCGUCCUCUCAGAAUACACCUCUGGCUCAAGUGUUUGUCCCUUUGGAGUCUGUUAAGCCCAGCAGCUUGCCGCCGCUUAUCGUGUAUGACCGGAACGGGCUCAGGAUUCUGCUCCACUUCUCCCAGACUGGUGCCCCCGGUCACCCAGAGGUGCAGGUGCUGCUGCUGACCAUGAUGAGCACUGCCACCCAGCCUGUCUGGGACAUCAUGUUUCAAGUGGCUGUGCCCAAGUCUAUGAGAGUGAAGCUGCAGCCGGCAUCCAGCUCCAAGCUUCCUGCAUUCAGUCCAUUGACGCCUCCAGCUGUGAUUUCUCAGAUGCUGUUGCUUGACAAUCCACACAAAGUAUGUUCUGCUACCUUUGAGAGCCAGGAGCCCAUCCGGUUACGGUAUAAGCUGACAUUCAACCAGGGUGGACAGCCUUUCAGCGAAGUGGGAGAAGUGAAAGACUUUCCAGACCUGGCAGUCUUGGGUGCAGCCUAACUUACCACAAGACAGACCCUGCCGCUCAAGCUUAGGCCAGUGUGAAUGUUGCUGUCUAGAUAGGACUAAUCACGGUGAUUUAGUGCGGAGUGCCAAGAGUUCUAUCCGGACAUCAUGCUCUGGAUCCCAACCUCUGACUUAUUCUGCAGAUACUACUUGUGUGCGAGGGGCUGCCACUAGACGAGAGGACCACACUUAGUGGGCCAACCGUGUCCUUCACCACUGUGCCUUAGAAUCACCAGAGAGGACCUUCCAGGGCAGAGGGGAAAGCAGAUCCCAGGCCUUAAUGCAGGCCUCAGGUUCCACGGGUGGGGCAGCCUGUCUGGGCCCUUACUCAGGACCCUCCUCUCCAUUCUCAUCCGCUUUCUCCAUGAGCAGUAACUCUCCAAGCUCUUUGAUUGUGGCACCAUGCCAGUCAUUGUCAGUCAUAACUAACAGGCUCGCCCUUGCCUGUUGACUUCACCGUCCAAGAUGAAGAACUGAUGUAAAUAGAUCCGAAAAAAGCUUAGCAGUGAUUAAAGUGGUGACUGAAUAUAGAAAGUCCUUGAAUAAAUACCCGUGUAGCAAAUAUGCUUUGUGGAGUUUUGAGUCAAGUAGGAGACACAGAGCCUGUUGCAUUUAGACAUAACCAGCCUGGAGGCACCACCAGCCUGGGGGCACCGUUGCCUAGAGAGGAGGUAGGGAGGCUUCAGGCUGUGGAACCUAAGAAACCGCUUCAGGGCCCUGAGGGUCUGGACAAAGCUGGAGAAGCGAGGUGGAUUUUUUGUUAGGUUUAUGGUUUGAUGGAAGAAUUCAGGUUUACAGUCCAUUCUUAGUGCGCCUGCCGUGCGCUGGCGUCCUCUACAGCCCUGCCGUGCUGGUCCGUUGGAGAAGAGAGCUGCACCUCGCCGACACAGCCUGAUGAAGGACUUUGGGAUCCUGAGCAGCCCACCUGUCUGGGCAGGAUUCUACCUCAGAAACUGCAAGGCCCUGUCUGGGGCUCUUUAUCACAAAAGCUGAUACUUUCCAGUUGGAGCUUUCAGCUUCUACAUACAGUUAAAACUCCGCCAGUGCUAAUCAGUGGGCAUGGGAGCUGUAAAAGAUCCUCUAGCUAUGCUGAUUUUUAAGCGAAUGUGAAAACGCCUAAAGCAGAUAAGUGAUGGGUGACUUCUUCAUUUGACAUAACUCCCAUAAGAUUCACUUUAAUCUAAAAUUACUUGCAUGUUCAGAUGUUCUGUAUAGCUUUUCUAGGCUCUAUUUCAUAAAGUCUUUAAGAGGAA